GAAAAGGGUGAAUUUUAAGAUCAUUUGAAUUUUAAUAUUAGUGCAUGGAGGUUGUGUGAAACCAUGAGGUUUGCUCAAUUUGUGUUUUUUUCGGCAUGUUGCUGGAUCGUGACUUCAGGUAAGUCGCAAAGAAGCUUCCCACCGGAGUUUAAAUUUGGUGUCGGAACAUCCGCUUACCAAAUUGAAGGAGCAUGGGACGCUGACGGCAAAGGAGAAUCGAUCUGGGAUCAUCUGACGCACAACUAUCCAGACAAAAUUGCCGAUAGAACGAACGGAGAUGUUGCUUGCGAUAGCUACAAUAAUUGGAAACGUGACGUGGAGAUGGUUCGCGAGCUAGGAGUCAACAUGUAUCGAUUCUCACUGUCGUGGACCAGAAUCAUGCCCUCGGGAAUCAGCAACAAUGUUAACCAAGCCGGAAUCGAUUACUACAACAAGCUAAUCAACGAGUUGCUGAAAUACAACAUCGAACCCAUGAUCACGUUGUACCACUGGGAUCUGCCCCAGCGACUGCAGGAAAUCGGAGGCUGGACGAACCGUGAAGUGGUCGGACACUUCCGAGAGUACGCGCGAGUCGUUUUCAAAGCAUUCGGAGAUCGCGUCAAGUGGUGGACCACCUUCAACGAACCAAGCCAGACCUGCAUGUUUUCGUACGAGUACGAUGCCAUGGCUCCGGGAUAUGAAUUUCCUGGGAUUCCGUGCUACUUGUGUACCCAUAACGUGUUGUUGGCCCAUGCGGAAGCUGUCGAAUUGUACAGGAAGCAGUUCAAUACAAAACAGGAAGGAAUAAUCGGAAUAACUGUUGACUCGUCCUGGUCUGCUCCAAGAAGUGACUCGGCCGAGGAUCUGGAGGCUUCUGAGCUGUCUCUACAGUUUCACCUUGGCUGGUACAUGCAUCCGAUCUACUCCAAGACUGGAAACUAUCCUCAAGUUAUGAUCGAUCGCAUCAACGCACUUAGUAAAGAGCAAGGGUUUGCCAACUCGCGCCUGCCGGUGUUCACCGAGGAAGAAAUCGAAAAACUCAAGGGUUCGUCGGACUUCUUCGGUAUCAACACGUACACGACCAGUAUUGUCUAUAAGAAUGAUAACAAUACCGCAAACUUCAGAGUUCCUUCAUUUGAUCACGAUCGCAAUACGCUGGGAUAUCAAGAUCCAAGUUGGCCCUCGUCUGGAUCAGGUUGGUUAAAGGUGUACCCGAAGGGGCUGUACUACCUGCUGAACUGGAUUCGCGAAGAGUACGACAGCCCUCCGAUCUACGUUACGGAGAAUGGAGUCAGCGAUCUAGGUGGAACGAAGGACGUAGCUCGAGUGGAGUACUACAAUUCGUACCUGGAAGCCGUUUUAGACGCCAUGGAAGACGGAUGUGACGUUCGAGGCUAUGUGGCGUGGAGUUUGAUGGACAACUUCGAGUGGAGAGCUGGGCUGACGGAGCGUUUCGGAAUGUACUACGUAGACUAUGAGGAUUCGAAAAGGACUAGGAUCGCGAAAAGCUCAGCUAAAGUAUUCGCUCACAUCAUCAAGACGAGGACGAUUGAUCCGGACUACUUGCCUGAACCUGAUCUGCUGAUCCCGGGUCCCACUGAGAAUGUUCGUAAAAAUGAUUUAAUUUGCUCUGCUGCAGCUAAGGCUGUGGCGUCAUUUUUUAGAAUUGCUUGUGAUCAGUUGUAAACAGUUCUUCUAACAACGAAUAAAAGUUGGCAUCCCUGAUUCAUUUCGACUACAACCCAUAAUCGAUUUU